AUGGCUUCAUCCGGGUUUAGUGUCACAGCACCUCCUGUUUUUUCAGGAGAAAAUUAUGCUAUAUGGGCUGUGAAGAUGAAAGCCUAUCUUAGGGCUUUUGAUUUAUGGGAGAUUGUGGAGAUGGGAGGUGACUCUCCUGUGAUGAGACAUGCUAAUCCCACUGUUGCUCAAAUUAAACAGCAUAGUGAGGAUGUAGCAAGGAGAUAUAAGGCACUUUCUUGCAUCCAAUCUGUUGUGUCAGAUGCCAUUUUCACAAGAAUUAUGACUUGUGAUAGCCUAAAGGAAGCAUGGGAUCGACUCAAGGAUGAGUUCCAUGGAAGUGAGAGGACAAGACAGAUGCAAGCUCUCAAUCUACACAGAGAGUUCGAGAUUCUGAGGAUGAAGGAUGAUGAAACAAUCAAGGAAUAUUCAGACAAGAUUAUGAAGCUUGUUAAUCAAUUAAGACUACUUGGAGAGGACUUAACCGAACGGAGAAUUGUUAACAAGGUUCUUGUAAGUCUUCCAGAGAAAUUUGAAGCUAAAAUAUCGUCUUUGGAAGACUCAAAGGACCUCUCUCAACUCACUGUUACAGAGUUGGUGAAUGCCUUACAAGCCCAAGAGCAAAGAAGGGCUAUAAGGCAUGAGAAUAAUGUGGAAUGA